AGGGAACGUAAAACAAACUGGAGGCUGGCUUGACUGCAAGUCUCGAAUUGGAGGCUGGCUUGACACCAGUUUCCUUUUUAGCCAAACUGUAGUUCGUCAUUUUGCUUCAGGCCCUUCCCUGGAGAGGAUGUACGAAAGCGUUUAAGAAAGUUUGGGACCUUUUUUCCUUUUUUAAACCCCGUGGAUCCAGUGGGUCACUUUUUCUGUGUUUCAUCCAUGAGUAUCUCUGUGCUCUUGCUGCUCGUCGCCGCACACUCUUCUUGCACAGGAACAGCGGCCUCAGCAAACAAUGUACCAAAGAUCGUAGCCUCUGCAGGUGAAACUGUCCUCCUGCCCUGCAGCACCACUGCUAGCGACAAUGUACCAACAGUAGAGUGGAGUAGGGAGGGUUUACCUCCAGAUAUUGCCUUCCUGUACCGAGAUGGAUGUGAGACCUUCGAGAUGAAGAAUCCAGUCUUUCAGUACAGAACAAACCUCAUCAGGGAUAAACUUCACCAUGGAAACCUGUCAAUGGUGAUGUCCAACGUGCAGCGAAAUGACAGUGGAAAAUACCAGUGUGCGAUUGUUAGGAACCCGAAAACAGUCAUCGCAAGAGUGGAGCUGUUUGUAGGUGCUGUUUCUGAGCCGACACUCUCAAUUGUUCCAGAUGUGGGAGGUGGACUGACUCUGCAGUGUGAGGCCAGGUGUUGGUUUCCUGAGCCUACGAUUAGAUUUCUUGAUGCUCAGGGAAAUGAAAUCAGUGCUGAAGACCCAAAGAGAGAUAAAGAGUCUUUGGGAUGCUUCACCGUCAAAAGAAGAGUCACUCUGCAGACUGCUACCAACAGGGUCACCUGCAGAGUUCACCAGCCUGAGGUAAACCAGACCAGGGACUCAGAGAUUUACAUAUCAGAUGAAUGCAUGAAAUCCUCCACUCGAAUCAUCGCAACUGCUGUGGUGACGACCAUCAUGGUGCACACAGUAAUCUGUGUUUUUACUUUGCUCUUUUUAGUCCAGAGAGGUUACUUGUCUGUGGGACGACAAAAAUCGAGCUUGGAGAAAGACGAGAUCAAGCGAUUAACUAAAGAGCUGAACGACCUCAAAUCCAGGCAGAGUCCAGCACAACAGUCCAGCCAGUCCUCAAAUAACCCUAGAUCCUCACCAGGCACCUCUGAAUGUGGCAUCCCACCCCCACCAAAGUCUCCCUACCAAAGCAAGCCCCUUAAGCCAGCAUCCUCAGCCAACGGCAGCCAUCCAAAAUCUGGCACCUUACCCCAGACUAAGGACUCAAAACCUGUUGCGUUAAGACAAAAUCCAGCACGCAGCCCACAGAUGAGAAGAAGCAGUUAUGGCGGCAGUUCUGCUGUCUCAAUAACUAAUGAUGCUGUGUCAUUCACUCCUCUAGAUUCAAAAGAAAAACCUUUUCCCCGUUCAACUAGUCUGUCUGUGAAACGGACUCAUGGAGUCAUUCCAAGGUCUCCACGCAGGAAUACUCUCUCAGGCAUUUCUAACAACCCAUACGGUGUCCUGGCAGAUUUAUCCGAAGAUGAAAAUCUGAUUGGAUAAAGAGUGAUAACUAAAUGUGAUCAGGCAGAUUUAAAAAUUGUAUAAAUAAUAAUAAUAAUAAUGGAUUGGAUUUAUAUAGCGCUUUUCAAGGCACCCAAAGCGCUUUACAAUACCAAUAUUCAUUCACUCUCACAUUCAUACACUAAAUGAAACAUCUCAGGUUAGUGACUGAAUCUUAGUAAAAGCUGUCAGUUAGAUGGAAGUUUGGGUGGUUUGGAAAAAAAAAGGAAAAGUAACGUAUGUGUACAAAAUUCUUCCCACUGAGCCUCUAAAGCCGGCUGAAUCAUCAGCUUCGAGCAGCUAAGAUCUCCGUAGCAGAUUACCCUAAAUCUUUGCAGCUUGAGAGUGAUCCAUAUUGUAAUAGCUGUUACACAAGGCUGCCUAUAAGAAAGGUUUUAGUGUAAUCUAUUUAUAAAAUAGAAACUUGCAAUAAGUUGUUGACCACUACUAUUCCUGCAAGAUGCUGACAUUCAGUCACAGUAUUUGGGUCAGAUUGACCCUCAUUUACUAGUUUAUUAACAGCAUGUAGACACAAAUCUGUUGUGUGUGUUUUAUCCCCAUUCCCAUAUAGUUUGUUCAUACUUUAUGAACAAAUAAAGGCAAGCACUGCCAACAUUUCAAAUGAAUACUAUUUUACCACUACUACUAUUUUUCUUUUACUUGAGCCACAGUGAAUGUCUCAGUUCAAUGCAAUUCAUUUUUAUAUUUAUGUAGUACAAAAUCACAGCAACAGAUUGCCUUAAGGUGCUUUAUAUUGUAAAGAUCCUACAAUAAUAUGAAAGUGUGAAUUCUAUUCAGAGCCUCUGUUACUUCAGCCUUACUGUUUUCCAUCACUUUGAUGGAAAGCACAAAUGCUUUAAGUGUUUACUUUUCACUCCUGGGACUUUGUUGCCGGGAAUUAAAUUCUUGUUGUUUCGCACUUUUCUCUUUAAUGUGAUGUUUAUAAAUGAUGUCAUUUUGCAUUUGUGUUCAAUUACAGAGAUUCAACUGAUGGGGUUUUGUACAGUUUCAUGGUAUAAAAGUUACAUUUGUUAAAAAAUUGAUCGUGCUGCAGUCUUUGUGCAUUAAAUGAGACUAAAUAAAACCAGAGUGCUUCCUGUCUAUGAGCAGUAUAUUAUUGAAAACUUUGCAAGCUGCAGAUUGAAAAGUUUGAAGUUUUAUUAUAUUUAUAGGAAUAAACACUUGAUCAUCUUUGAUCCAGUAAGAAUUGAGGUUUUGCCACAUUUAGUGUUAUCAAAUAAGGAAGCUUUUUUGUUUUAUUUGUAAACAUUUAUUUUUACACUGUUCAAAAAAUCAAAAGGACACUUUUUAAAUUGAUAUUAGCAUCAUGUCAGAAAAUGAAUUUACAGCACCUUACUAAAGGCAGUAGUAAUAAGGUAACAAUAACAUCUCUCUUUCUAUGACCCUACAUCAAAAAGUCCUCGGUGGACAUUAAAGCUGGACCUCAGUGGCAUUUUGGACACUAAGCAGCUAUUGUCAGUAGAUGUCAGGCUGACACUGAGGGCAAGAAAGACACACACUCACAUUCAAACAUACUCUACACACCAACAUGAUACACAUUGUUAUUUGGUUGAAAUAUUAACCCUUUGUGUUGUGAAUUAACUGCUUAUAUUAUUUAAACCUGGCCAUUCUCUGUGUGUGCAAACUAACAUUGUUUUAGUUGUUUUACACAACACAACCUUAACCAUGAAUACAAUAAUUUUAAGAAAUCAACAUUAACUGCAUCUGUUUAAUUAGCUGACAGAGAAAUGUGUGAGAGAGAAAAGCGGUGUCACACUUCUCCAAGUUGACUUUUAUCAGCAGGUGCUGGGUUUGAAUCCUCCAUGAAGCUGACAGUUGUUUUUAAUCUAUAAAGCAUAUUUGUAUGCUCAUGCCUGACUGCUGAGAGGAGCUAAAAAUAAACACUUUAUAAUUACAAAGUUGCAAUAUUUUCACAAUACUUCCCUGCUGUUUAAAUAAUUUUAAUAUAAAUUUACCUGUUACCUGCCGAUAUAAUCAAACACAUGAAUCUUAAUUAAUUUAUGUUGAUUUAUGAAACACAUAAAAGAGUCUUCCUUACCUCCUUUGGGAUGAAAAAAUCACAUAAAAACACAACUUAAUGUCCCACUUUUCCCACUAACACUACCUUUUUUCGUUAAAAUCCUUUGACUUGUUUUUGAGCCUUGUAAAUGAUGAAAUUUGCUCC